AUUUCACUAGCUGUCGAUUCAUUCGCAAGCUCACAAUCUACGACCCUCAAAUUACAGGUCGAGGCCUGUGUGCUAAUGAUUCUCCUCUUAUCUGGAACACGCAGGCAGAUAUCCUUCCCAUGCCGCAACGUCGUCGAGGUUGGAUAGUGGAACUCCCACGUCCAUCUCACUAGCGCUGCAUUGAGGUUUCCUUCUCGUGUGCAUAAGCUUAUCUGUGGGAGUCAAUGAGGACUUUCGCAUUGUCCAACAAGAUGGCGGUCGCUGUCGCUGCGCAUCCUGUGGUACCCGCCACUGCUCGCGCUCUGUGUCGAGGAGCGACGCAGAUCCGGAACGGAGCAGAGCCGGUUUCUGUGCUUGUGCCGGUCUCAACCUCGUUUUCAAGGCUUGAGAGCGUCCGAGGUGCGGGAAAAUUGGCAUUCGGCAGGGACCUUCCGGGUUGCAACGGAUAUCGUAGUCACUGUUCCGUGAGAGUUCGAGCCUCUCAGCCAAGUCUCGAGGCUGUCCCGGUCCCUGCAGGAUAUCAAACGUUCGUGGACCAGGUGAAGUCUCGUCUUGAGGCCGAGCGUCCAGACCUACCAGUUGGGAAGAACGGCCGGGACGACGAAGAUCUCCUUCUGUGGUUUCUUCGUGAUCGAAAGUUUGACGUUGACGCAGCUGUGGAGAAAAUCACCACAGCCUUGGUGUGGCGAAAGGAGUUUGGUGUAGAUGAGAUUACAAAGGAUUCUAUAAGCAGGGCUGCGGCCUCAGGGGAAGCUUAUCUGCAUACUUCUCUUUCCAAGGAUGGGAAGCCAGUGAUCGUUGUCACAUCAGCUAAACAUUUCCCAAAUGAUGCAGAGUUACCGGAAAGCCAGAGACAUUGCGUGUAUUUGAUAGAAAAGGCUCUCUCGCAACUGCCACCUGGUUGUGAGACAUUCCUUGGUAUCUUUGACCUGAGAGGCUUCAAACAAAAGAAUGGAGAUUUGAAAUUCACUAAGUUUCUGAUUGAUGCAUUCUUCAAAUACUAUCCAAAGAGACUUGGGCAAGUGCUGUUCGUAGAUGCGCCGUUUAUAUUCCAACCAGGGUGGGCUAUGAUUAAGCCAUUGGUGGGCAAGUAUGCUGCCUUGGUUCGGUUUUGCUCCGCAGAUGAAGUGCGAAACGAUUACUUUACUCUUGAUACGAUUCCUGAGAGUUUUAAGCAAUAACAGAAUUAAUAUUGCAGGAUUAGAAGGAUGGCAUUUCUCAGAAAGAGGUGAUAUCUGGGUUUUACGGGUCGGAUUCUGAUCAGUUAUGUAUAUCUUCUAUGUAAUAAUGUUUUUGCUAAUAGUUAGUGAUGAGAAGUUUAAAGAAUGUCUCGGUGGCAACAGAAUGAUCAACCAUUCUUGUUGUUCUUCGUGCGCACUAUUGCAUCAAUAUCGAGCGCCAAUGCCUCUGUUUCUUGACCAA